AUGAUUGUGUUGGGGUUAUUUGUCUGAAUAGUGGAACUUGUGUUGAUAAAAUUCAGGACUACACUUGUGAAUGCAUCCAUGGCUUUACUGGAAAACACUGUGAAACAAACAUCAAUGACUGUGAGGAGAACCUGUGCCAGAAUGGAGCCUGUGUAGAUGAGGUCGCCACCUACUCCUGCAACUGUAGCCUUGGCUUUGAGGGUAUUCACUGUGAAACUAAUACUGAUGACUGUGUUGGAGUCACAUGUGCUAAUGACGGUAAAUGUAUUGAUGAGAUAGCUGCUUACCACUGUCAGUGUGCUUCUGGAUGGAUGGGAGCCCACUGUGAGGAUGAUAUUAAUGAGUGUUCUGAUGCUAAUGGAGGUUGUAAUCAGAACUGUGUUAAUACCGAUGGUGCCUACCACUGUACCUGUGACAGUGGGUAUAGACUGGCUGUCAAUGGGAAGGAUUGUAAUGAUGUUGACGAGUGUUUUGAGAACCUCCAUGAUUGCUCCCAAAACUGCCACAACACUGUGGGUGGAUUCACUUGUUCUUGUAAACCAGGAUACACCAUAAUGCUUGAUGGAAAGACUUGCCAGGAUGAUGAUGAAUGCAGUGAGAACAAUGGCGGAUGUGCUCAUACUUGUGAGAACCUGGAUGGAAGCUACCUCUGUCACUGUAACCAUGGUUACUCUCUGAAUGCUGAUAAGCAUAAGUGUGAUGACAAUGAUGAAUGCGCAGACAACAAUGGUGGAUGUUCACAGAUAUGUAUCAACACCCCAGGAACAUACCACUGUGAAUGUGAGGAAGGUUACAGGAUGGGUGAUGACAUGAAAUCUUGUUCAGAUAUUGAUGAAUGUGAUGAAAACUUGGAUGGCUGUGAUCAGAUCUGCACAAACACACUAGGUAGCUUCAGCUGUGACUGUGAGGAGGGUUACCUCAUCAAUGAUGAUGGCAAGACUUGUACUGAUGUGGAUGAGUGUGCUGUUAACAAUGGAGAUUGUGAGCAGAUUUGUAUCAACCAGCCGGGGAAUCACAUUUGUGCAUGCAAAGAUGGGUACAUGUUGAAUGCCGAAGACCAGAAGUCUUGUGAUGAUAUCAAUGAAUGUGAUACAAACAACGGUGGUUGCCAACAUAUAUGUAAUAAUGAAGAUGGAGGAUACACCUGUGAAUGUAAACCUGGAUACACACUGAUGGAUGAUGGGAAAAUGUGUGAAGAUAAUGACGAGUGUGAAGACCAAAAUGGUGGCUGUGCUCAGACCUGUGUUAAUCUGCCAGGAAGCUAUGAGUGUCAGUGCUCUGGAGGCUAUAUGCUUGGAGAAGACCUGCAUUCCUGUCAUGAUAUUGAUGAAUGCAAAACUAAUAACGGUGGCUGUGAACACAUCUGUAUAAACCAGCAAGGAACUUAUGAGUGCAAGUGUUCUAAAGGAUACAUGCUUAAACCAGACAAGCAUGGAUGCACUGAUAUCAAUGAAUGUGAAACAAACAAUGGUGGCUGCCAUCAGAACUGUGAUAAUGAAAUUGGCGGGUACAGUUGUUCAUGCAUUCUUGGAUUCACUCUCAUGGAUGAUGGCAAAAAGUGUGAAGAUGUAAAUGAAUGUCUUGUCAACAAUGGAGGCUGUGAUCACUUCUGUACGAACACAUACGGUGGACACUAUUGCACUUGCCGUGAUGGGUAUAAAUUGAUGGACGAUGGCAAGACAUGUAAAGACAUUGAUGAAUGCUUAGACAAUAAUGGUGGUUGUGAACAAGGCUGUGUGAAUACAGAACCCAGCUACUACUGCUCUUGUGGUGACGGAUUCAUUUUGGGAGAAGAUGGAAUAUCAUGUCAAGAUAUCAAUGAGUGUCUUGUUGACAAUGGAGGAUGUCAUCACUACUGUCACAAUGACGCUGGAAGUUACCAUUGCUCUUGUAAACCUGGAUACACUCUUAUGGCUGAUGGAAAAACUUGCCAAGAUAAUAAUGAGUGUGAAGACCAGUCAAACAACUGCAAACACAUAUGCGUGAAUACGCCAGGCUCAUUCGUGUGCGCAUGCAGGAAGGGCUUUAAACUCAAUGAAGAUGGAUAUUCAUGUGAUGAUAUUAAUGAAUGUGAAGUAAACGAUGGAAACUGUGAACACAUUUGUGUCAAUGAUGUUGGGUCAUACCACUGUCUGUGUCAUGAUGGCUACAUGUUGGAUGAGGAUGGACAUAGUUGCAAAGAUGUGAAUGAAUGCCUUGACAACAAUGGAGGUUGUAACCAGAUAUGUGUGAAUGAACCUGGAUCCUACAGAUGCGAGUGUAAAUUAGGAUAUAAAAUGACAGCAGAUAUGAAGACUUGCAAAGAUGUGGAUGAAUGCCUUGACAACAAUGGAGGCUGUAACCAGAUAUGUGUGAACGAACCUGGAUCCUACAGAUGCGAGUGUAAAUUAGGAUAUAAAAUGACAGCAGAUAUGAAGACUUGUAAAGAUGUGGAUGAAUGCCUUGACAACAAUGGGGGCUGUAACCAGAUAUGUGUGAAUGAACCUGGAUCCUACAGAUGCGAGUGUAAAUUAGGAUAUGAAAUGACAGCAGAUAUGAAGACUUGUAAAGACAAAGAUGAAUGUCUUGAGAACAAUGGUGGCUGUAAUCAGAUAUGUGUGAACAAAGCUGGCUCAUAUGAAUGCCAGUGCAAGACAGGUUACAAGAUGAAACCAGAUAUGAAGACAUGUGAAGAUGUGGAUGAAUGCCUUGACAACAAUGGAGGCUGUAACCAGAUAUGUGUGAAUGAACCUGGAUCCUACAGAUGCCAGUGUAAAUUAGGAUAUAAAAUGACAGCAGAUAUGAAGACUUGUGAAGACAUAAAUGAGUGUGAUGACAACAAUGGUGGUUGCAAUCAGAUAUGUGAGAACAGUGUUGGCUCCUAUGAUUGUAAAUGCAAGGACGGAUACAGAAUGACAAGUGACAUGAAAACUUGUAAAGACAAAGAUGAAUGUCUUGACAACAAUGGUGGCUGUAAUCAGAUAUGUGUGAACAAAGUUGGUUCCUAUGAAUGCCAGUGCAAGGCAGGUUACAAGAUGAAACCAGAUAUGAAGACAUGUGAAGAUAUCAAUGAGUGCGACACGAACAAUGGUGACUGCCAACAGAUAUGUAAUAACGAAGAUGGCUCACAUUGGUGUUCAUGUAAACCUGGAUUCACACUCAUGGCUGAUGGAAAAAUGUGCGAAAAUAUUGAUGACUGUGCUGGUGUCACAUGCCAUAAUGGAGGGUCAUGUAAGGAUGAAGUGAUGGGAUAUCAUUGUCUCUGUGUCCUUGGAUUUGUUGGAAUACACUGUGAGACGAAUUUCGAUGAUUGUGCCGUAAAACCAUGUCAAAAUGAUGGGACAUGCAAUGAUGGUGUGAAUUCAUACACCUGUACCUGUACAUCUGGAUUUAAAGGAGAUGACUGUGAAAAAGAUAUUGAUGAGUGUGCAGUUGACAAUGGAGGCUGUGCACACAAUUGUAUCAAUGAGAUUGGUUCAUACCACUGUACUUGUAAUACUGGCUUCAUGUUGGAAGAUGAUGGCAAAGGAUGCAAAGACAAAGAUGAAUGUCUUGACAACAAUGGUGGCUGUAAUCAGAUAUGUGUGAACAAAGCUGGCUCAUAUGAAUGCCAGUGCAAGACAGGUUACAAGAUGAAACCAGAUAUGAAGACAUGUGAAGAUGUGGAUGAAUGCCUUGAUAACAAUGGAGGCUGUAACCAGAUAUGUGUGAAUGAACCUGGAUCCUACAAAUGCCAGUGUAAAUUAGGAUAUAAAAUGACAGCAGAUAUGAAGACUUGUGAAGACAUAAAUGAGUGUGAUGACAACAAUGGUGGUUGUAAUCAGAUAUGUGAGAACAGUGUUGGCUCCUAUGAUUGUAAAUGCAAGGACGGAUACAGAAUGACAAAUGACAUGAAAACUUGUGAAGAUAUCAACGAGUGUGAUACAAAUAAUGGUGACUGUGAACAGAACUGUAACAAUGAAGACGGAGGAUACUAUUGUUCAUGUAUUCCUGGAUUCACUCUCAUGGCUGAUGGCAAAAUGUGUGAAAAUGAUGAUGAUUGUAUUGGUGUCAUCUGCAAGAAUGGAGGUACUUGCAUAGAUAAAGUGUUGGGUUUCAAAUGUGCCUGUGUCCUUGGGUUUAUUGGAGAAUACUGUGGAACAAAUGUCAAUGACUGCGCAGGAGGACCGUGUGAAAAUGAAGGGACAUGCAUUGAUGGUGUGAAUUCCUACACCUGUACCUGUGCAUCAGGUUACGAAGGAGAUAACUGUGAAAAAGAUAUUGAUGAGUGUGCAGUUGACAAUGGAGGUUGUGCACACAAUUGUACCAAUGAAGAUGGUUCAUACUACUGUACUUGUAAAUCUGGCUUCAUGUUGGAAGAUGAUGGCAAAGGAUGCAAAGACAUAGAUGAAUGUCUAAAGGACAAUGGUGGUUGUAAUCAGAUAUGCGUGAACAAAGCUGGCUCAUAUGAAUGCCAGUGUACAAAAGGAUACAAAAUGAAACCAGAUAUGAAGACAUGUGAAGAUGUGGAUGAAUGUCUUGACAACAACGGUGGCUGUAACCAAAUAUGUGAGAAUGAACCUGGAUCCUACAGAUGCGAAUGUAAAGCGGGAUACAAAAUGACAGCAGAUAUGAAGACUUGUGAAGACAUAAAUGAGUGCGACGACAACAAUGGUGGUUGCAAUCAGAUAUGUGAGAACAGUCCUGGCUCCUAUGAUUGUAAAUGCAAGGAUGGAUACAGAAUGACAAGUGACAUGAAAACUUGUGAAGAUAUCAAUGAGUGUGAUACAAAUAAUGGUGACUGUGAACAGAACUGUAACAAUGAAGAUGGAGGAUACAAUUGUUCAUGUAUUCCUGGAUUCACUCUCAUGGCUGACGGCAAAAUGUGUGAAAAUGAUGAUGACUGUCUUGGUGUCACAUGUCAAAAUGGAGGCACAUGUGAGGACAAAGUGUUGGGUUUCCAUUGUAAUUGUGUCCUUGGAUUUACUGGAAUAAACUGUGAAACAGAUAUUGAUAACUGUGUGGAUAAUCCAUGUCAAAAUGGAGGAACGUGCAUUGAUGGUGUGAAUUCCUACACCUGUACCUGUGCAUCAGGAUUUAAAGGAGAUGACUGUGAAAAAGAUAUUGAUGAGUGUGCAGUUGACAAUGGAGGCUGUGCACACAAUUGUAUCAAUGAGAUUGGUUCAUACCACUGUACUUGUAAUACUGGCUUCAUGUUGGAAGAUGAUGGCAAAGGAUGCAAAGACAAAGAUGAAUGUCUUGACAACAAUGGUGGCUGUAAUCAGAUAUGUGUGAACAAAGUAGGCUCAUAUGAAUGCCAGUGCAAGACGGGUUACAAGAUGAAACCAGAUCAGAAAACAUGUGAAGAUGUGAAUGAAUGCCUUGACCAGAAUGGAGGCUGUAAUCAAAAGUGCCUGAACAAUGACGGCAGCUAUGAAUGCCAAUGUGAAGCAGGAUACAGAAUGACAGCAGAUAUGAAGACCUGUGAAGACAUAAAUGAGUGUGAUGACAACAAUGGUGGUUGUAAUCAGAUAUGUGAGAACAAUCCUGGCUCCUAUGAUUGUAAAUGCAACGAAGGAUAUAGAAUGACAAGUGACAUGAAAACUUGUAAAGAUAUUGAUGAGUGUGCAGUUGACAAUGGAGGCUGUGCACACAAUUGUAGCAAUGAGAUUGGUUCAUACUACUGUACUUGUAAUUCUGGCUUCAUGUUGGAAGAUGAUAGCAAAGGAUGCAAAGAUAUCAAUGAGUGUGAUACAAAUAAUGGUGACUGUGAACAGAACUGUAACAAUGAAGAUGGAGGAUACAAUUGUUCAUGUAUUCCUGGAUUCACUCUCAUGGCUGACGGCAAAAUGUGUGAAAAUGAUGAUGACUGUCUUGGUGUCACGUGUCAAAAUGGAGGCACAUGUGAGGACAAAGUGUUGGGUUUCCAUUGUAAUUGUGUCCUUGGGUUUACUGGAAUAAACUGUGAAACAGAUAUUGAUAACUGUGUGGAUAAUCCAUGUCAAAAUGGAGGAACGUGCAUUGAUGGUGUGAAUUCCUACACCUGUACCUGUGCAUCAGGAUUUAAAGGAGAUGACUGUGAAAAAGAUAUUGAUGAGUGUGCAGUUGACAAUGGAGGCUGUGCACACAAUUGUAUCAAUGAGAUUGGUUCAUACCGCUGUACUUGUAAUACUGGCUUCAUGUUGGAAGAUGAUGGCAAAGGAUGCAAAGACAUAGAUGAAUGUCUAAAGGACAAUGGUGGCUGUAAUCAGAUAUGUGUGAACAAAGUUGGCUCAUAUGAAUGCCAGUGCAAGACAGGUUACAAGAUGAAACCAGAUCAGAAAACAUGUGAAGAUGUGAAUGAAUGCCUUGACCAGAAUGGAGGCUGUAAUCAAAAGUGCCUGAACAAUGACGGCAGCUAUGAAUGCCAAUGUGAAGCAGGAUACAGAAUGACAGCAGAUAUGAAGACCUGUGAAGACAUAAAUGAGUGUGAUGACAACAAUGGUGGUUGUAAUCAGAUAUGUGAGAACAAUCCUGGCUCCUAUGAUUGUAAAUGCAACAAAGGAUACAGAAUGACAGAAGACAUGAAAACUUGUAAAGAUAUUGAUGAGUGUGCAGUUGACAAUGGAGGCUGUGCACACAAUUGUAGCAAUGAGAUUGGUUCAUACUACUGUACUUGUAAUUCUGGCUUCAUGUUGGAAGAUGAUGGCAAAGGAUGCAAAGACAUAGAUGAAUGUCUUGAAAACAAUGGUGGUUGUAAUCAGAUAUGUCUGAACAAAGCUGGCUCAUAUGAAUGCCAGUGUACAAAAGGAUACAAAAUGAAACCAGAUAUGAAAACAUGUGAAGACGUGGAUGAAUGCCUUGAUCGGAAUGGUGGCUGUAAUCAAAUAUGCUUAAACAAAAAUGGCAGCUAUGAAUGCCAGUGUGAAGCAGGACACAGAAUGACAGCAGACAUGAAGACUUGUGAAGACAUUGAUGAGUGUGCAGUUGACAAUGGAGGCUGUGCACACAAUUGUAUCAAUGAGAUUGGUUCAUACCAAUGUACUUGUAAAUUUGGCUUCAUGUUGGAAGAUGAUGGCAAAGGGUGCAAAGACAUAAAUGAAUGUCUUGACAACAAUGGUGGUUGUAAUCAGAUAUGUGUGAACCAAAAUGGCUCAUAUGAAUGCCAGUGCGAGGUUGGAUACAAAAUGAUACCAGAUAUGAAGACAUGUGAAGAUGUGGACGAGUGCCUUGAAAAUAAUGGAGGUUGUCAGCAUGAUUGCAUAAACCUACCUGGCAGCUAUGAAUGCAAGUGUAAAGUUGGAUACAAAAUGAAACCAGAUCAGAAAAAUUGUGAAGACAUAGAUGAGUGUUUUGACAAAAAUGGCGGUUGUAAUCAGAUUUGUGUGAACCUAAUUGGUUCCUAUGAAUGUCAAUGCAAUAACGGUUUCAAGAUGGCUGCAGACAUGAAAACUUGUGAAGAUAUUAAUGAGUGUGGGGACAACACAGAUGGCUGUGAGCAUGAUUGUGACAACACAGUAGGUUCCUAUGUCUGUAGCUGCCGCGCAGGAUACAUGUUGAAGGAGGAUCAACAUGGCUGUCAAGAUAUUAAUGAAUGUGAUGUUAACAAUGGUGGCUGUGCUCAUUAUUGCGAGAAUUUCCCUGGGUCCUACAAGUGCAAGUGUAAAUCUGGCUACAUGCUGAAGGAUGAUGGACAUGGCUGCAAAGAUGUUGACGAAUGCUUGGACAAUAAUGGAGGUUGUGAACAGAUUUGUAACAACACGAUAGGAAGUUAUAAGUGCAGUUGCACAUCUGGGUUUGUUCUCAACAUGGAUGGCAAGACCUGUGACGAUAUCAACGAGUGUUUGAUGUACAAUGGAGGCUGUGCUCAAAAAUGCAUCAAUGAGAUAGGCUCUUUCAAAUGCAGCUGUAAAGAUGGAUACAUGCUGGCAGAUGAUGGCCGUGGAUGUAAUGACAUAAAUGAGUGUGAUAACAAUAAUGGAGGCUGUGCCUUUGAAUGUGAAAACCUACCUGGGUCAUACAAAUGUUUAUGUGACUAUGGAUUCAUGUUAACAGAUGAUGGUCAUAAUUGCAUAGAUAUUGAUGAGUGCAGUGUGAACAAUGGAGGCUGUGGCCAAAAUUGUACAAAUCUGCAAGGUUCCUACCAGUGCAGCUGCGAGAAAGGAUAUGAGCUCAUGAUAGACAUGCAUGGAUGUAAAGACAUAAAUGAAUGUGAAACUGACAAUGGUGGUUGCGAUCACGUCUGCACCAACACAGAUGGUUCCUACACUUGUUCCUGCUUCCAAGGUUAUCUUCUAAAUGCUGACAAACACACAUGUAAUGACAUUCCUGAAUGUGAUGUUAAUAAUGGGGGAUGCGCACAUAUUUGUGUAGAGAUCCCUGGAUCUUAUGAAUGUCAGUGCAAUGAUGGAUUUAUGUUGAUGGAUGACAAGCAUGGUUGUGAGGAUAUUAAUGAAUGUAAACAUAACAAUGGUGGCUGUGACCAUGAGUGUGUCAACACAGAAGGUAGCUAUUAUUGCACAUGUAAUGAUGGUUACAUGGUGGACCCUAAUGACAAACAUAAGUGCAUAGAUAUUCCUGAAUGCCAGACCAAUAAUGGUGGCUGUGCACACAUCUGCGUGGAGAAAGUUGGAUCUUACGAAUGUCAGUGCCAUGCUGGUUAUAUGUUGCUGGAUGAUGGGCACGGGUGUAGAGACAUAGACGAGUGUGCAGAAGGCACAGAUGGAUGUGAACAUUACUGUCAUAACACAGAAGGGUCGUACACCUGUAGCUGCAAAGAUGGAUACAAGCUGAAGGAUGAUGGACAUUCUUGUGAAGAAAUUGUGCCCAUCUGUCACUGCCCUGACCAUACAGGAGAGGCCGGCUGGCAGGCGGUCAGCUCGCUGGACCUUGAUGCUGGAUGUAUGACAUAUAGGGAGAAUGAACCAAUGCGUCGCAGUAAGGCUGUAAAGUUUGCCAAAAACUUAGAUGGAAGUGGUUCUCUCCCUCAGCCAUCCUUGGUGUCAUUUAGUUCGCUGAAGGAUCUGGCUGUUAUUGAGAAGUGGCUCCAAGGUGUAGAUUACAUACCCAACCCACCACGCUUUACAACAUGCAAAUCAUUCUGGACUUGUGGGUCAGUGAAGAUGGUCAACAGUUCAGAGAUUCACAUUGUUUGGGAUUGUAACGGAGGUGAUGAUGUUUUCGUUAUUGACCGUGACAGUCCUUUGGUCAAGGGUUGUGUAAAAGAGGGCUACUGUGUAUUCUUAGACUAUUAUGGAAGUGAAGAUCCUAUUGAUCCUGACACUAGCACCCAUAAGGUUUCUCUUCGUUUUGGUAGCUGUUGGACCAAGAAGCUUCCUCUUGCCAUGAAGACAUGUCUAGGAGACUUUAGACCUUGUGACAAUAACAAUGGCGGCUGUGAACACAUCUGCGAGAUGUCACCAGAGCGCACAUGUAGUUGCCAUGAUGGCUACGUCCUGAACAGUGAUGGCUACUCUUGUGAUCCACUGCCACCAACCACCCUACCUCCAACCACCGAAGAGCCAACCACACCACCUCCCCCUAGUAACUGCUCCUGUGCUGACCCAACUGGAAAAGGACACUGGUCUCCAGUGUUGACCUCUUAUCAAGCAGGAGGCUGUCUUUCACUACAACCCACCAAUUUUGACGCAGCCAGUGCCGAGAAGUACUGCAGGUAUCUUGAUGGGGAAGACUCCAUGAAACUCCAUCUUGUGAGAUUCUAUACCAAAACUGACUGGGAUAAUAUUGAGAAAUGGUUGCAGAGCUUUGGUUUCACAGAAUCUAGGAUAUACUGGACUGGAGGCAAAGUUAAAUAUAUAUGUGGUAGCAAAAUCAUGAUACAGUGGAACUCUGAUGGCUAUAAAGAUAUCCUGUGGAUUGAUCGCCAGGAUCCAAACAACCCAUUCAAGGUGCAGGGCAGUGCCAAAGUGAACUACUGCGUCCAGCUACACUAUAAGGGAAGUACAGAACCCAUAGACCCCAACAGCCAGUCUCACAAGAUAGUCCUGCAGUUUGCUACCUGCAAGGCCAACAAGAUGCCAUUGUGCCAGAAGAAUUGUGAUGGAGCCUUGAGCAGCACACCAUGUGUUUGUAGGGCAGCUGCAAACAUGGACUACACCACCUAUGAUCAGAGCAACAUCCACUUUGAUGGCACCUGCAGAUACCUGCUGUCUGGGUACUGCCCUGCAGGCGAUCCCAGCCUUCCAGGAUUCAAAGUAGAUAUUGAUCACAAAGAUGGAAGUUCCACUGCUCGCUUCGUGGAUGUGACCAUUGACAGUCACGUUGUUAGGCUUGGACCAGGGCUUGCCAUUCAGCUGAAUGGAGAAAGCAUUUGCGCACCGAUGAACAUUGGAAAUAAGAUACGCAUUGGCAUGCUUCCAAAUUACAACACCUAUGUGGCAACCAACUUUGGGCUGCGAGUUACUUUUGACAAUAACCAUGUUACAGUCCGAGCUCCUAGCAGCUACAAGGAUGAGAUGUGUGGAAUAUGUGGCAGUUGUAAUGACAACGCUAUUGAUGACUACACAACUGCUAGUGGUCAAGAUGUUUCCUCCCUUGAUCCAGAAGAGCGUGACAAUGAGAUUGGUAUCAGUUACCAAAUUGAAGGUGGAAGCCAAGAGUGUACUAAUGGAACAACAAAUGUUGACACACCUUGCUCUGUGGAUGACUUGGUGAAAGCAAACAGCAUCAAUUUCUGUGGCCUAUUGAACAGUCCUGAUGGAGCAUUUGCAGAAUGUAUAGCAUCAGGCAGAGUCCAGUCCACACAGGAUAGGUUGGAUUCUUGUGUGAGAGAUGUGUGUUCUCUUAGUGUGAAGUCAUGGAAGAAAGCAAAGGAAUCGGCUUGCAGUGUUCUUGAAGAGUUUGCCACUGAGUGUAGACAAGCUGGAGUCGGUACAGGAGAUUGGAGAGCUGCCUCUGGCUGCUUAAUGGAGUGUGGCGAGCAUAGCCACUACCUGCCAGUAGGGUCAGCCUGCCCGGCCACCUGUUCAGACUUGUACGCAGCAGAGAAGUGUACGGAGCCACCAGUGGAGGGAUGUUUCUGUGACCCAGGCUAUGUGUUCAGUGACUCCCAGUGUGUGCCAAAGGAAGAGUGUGGCUGUCUGAACAUGGGAAGAUACCAUGAGAUUGGAGAAGUUUGGCUAAGCUAUGACUGUUCAAAGAUAUACGAGUGUAACUCCACUGGAAACAUUGUGACCACUUACAAGAACUGCAGUCAGUACGCCAGCUGCAAGAAGAUAGAAGGAGAGCGCCACUGUAUCUGCAGACCACCUUAUGUUGGAGAUGGAUAUACAUGUGAAGUUGAAGAUGUCUGUGCUGGUAAGGUAUGUAAUAAUGGUGGACAGUGUAAGGAAAAGGACGGAAUAGCUGUCUGUGUCUGCCCAAGAGGCUUCACGGGACUCUCAUGCGAGCAGAAUAUUGAUGAGUGUGUCGGAGUUGUAUGCUAUAAUGGCGGAAGAUGCAUUGAUAAAGUGAAUGACUAUUAUUGCAAGUGUGCAUCAGGAUACAGUGGUAGACACUGUGAGAUAUCUACUGUGUCCUCUGAUGCUCCCUGCCAAUGCCACGUCUUCGGAGAUCCCCAUAUUACAAGUCACGACGGCCAAACCAUUCAUUUCCAUGGCACAUGUACAUAUAUGCUGUCCAGCUUCAGGCCUUGGGAAGGAUGUGAGCCAGUAUUGAAGAGCUUUAGGGUAAAAGGAAAGAAUACAGCUGAGGGCAAGGAUGGAGAGGGAUCCACCACAGAUGUGAUCACAGUGGAAGUUUAUAGCUACAUUAUCCAAAUCAACAGGGAAGGACAAGUUACUGUAAAUGGACACUCUGUCAGAGUUCCCCUGAAGAUUAGAGGCAGGGUGAAAAUUGAAUACUGUGGAAGGAAAACUGUCAAAGUUUCAACUGAUUUUGGAUUGGUUGUCAGGUUUGGCUACGAUGAAAAGGCCUUCAUCAAGGUACCAGCGGUAUACCGUGGCUAUUUACGUGGUAUCUGUGGAAAUUGCAAUGGUGACCAUAGCGAUGAUUACACGCUUAGAAAUGGCACUGAUGUGAGCAAUGUGCAGCCAGAUUAUCUUCGCGACAACCUUCUUGGGCAGAGCUUUGAAGUUGAAGAUUACACAGGAAGCUCCAGAUGCACCUCAAGACCUGUCAGCGACUCGUGCACCGAUAAAAAGAGAGAUAUAUACUCCAAGAAACACUUCUGUGGCUUGAUCAAGAAGUCAUCGGGUCCUUUCAAAGCCUGUAUUAAGAGUGGUAAAAUUGAUGUAGAAGGUCUUUAUCAGGCCUGUUUACAAGAUGCCUGUUCGAAGUAUCCUUCCCAUAAAGUUGCCAAGAAGGCUGCAUGUGCUGUCUUAGAAGAUAUGGUCUUGCGGUGCGAUAAUGCAGGCUACCCUAUCAAAAAAUGGAGAAAAAAAUGCAAAUGCACAAUAUCAUGCGGUGACAAACAGUACUAUUAUGAAUCUGCCCCUGCUCGUGCUAUCCAAUGUGGUGCCUCCGAAGUUCCCGAAGAUCGUCUGCACUCUGCAGGCUGCUACUGUAAGCCUGGCUAUGUAUUUUAUGGAGACAAAUGUGUCAAGCAGAAGAAGUGUCCUUAUGUUUGCAGAGACAGAUAUGGUAACAUGCAUAACGAUGGUGAUUCCUGGUCUGACCAAAAUUGCACUUUGAGGUUUACAUGUGGAAAGCUCAAGGAUAAACCAUGGAUUUUUAAGAAGAAUAUCAGUUGCAGCCAUGAGUUUGAAGUUUGCAGUGAGGUGGAUGGCGUAAGAGACUGUCGCUGCCAACCUGGAAAGAUAUGCAAACCAAUUUCAGCAACCUUUACUGUUCCCGAGACGCCUUGCCUGUGCAAUCAAACGAAUCCCGAGGUCUCCAAUCUCACUGUAACCUACAGCACAGGAACACCAAAGAGUUUGAAGAGUGCUUUACAAGUCAUCAGUCAAAUUAAGCAGAAAUGGUCUAAGCUUUGCAAACCGGUGUCAAAGGGUGAAAGCAAGUAUUCCAAGCCUUCCAAGGACUGGUAUGAUGUUAGUCAGUAUGGGCAAUAUAUAAAAGGUCCAAAAGCAUCAAAGUCUUCAAGGUACUAUGCCCCACGCCGCAGCAUGUCAUCGAAGAAAUCACCCCUUGAUGAUAGGGAUAUGGAUUGCAAGUGUUCUGGUGGCUCCAAGACAAGUGCCUAUAGCAGGUUCUGGUACUUGCAUACUGGGUCUUCAAACCCUUGGUAUAGAAAGUACAAACCAGCAGCUUAAUCUGGAAGUAAAAAGAAAAAACAGCCAUAAGUCCAUGCAUUAAAAUCAUGUUGAAGUCUCUUUUUGGAAAUUAGAAAAAUGACAAUUGCAAUUAUCAGAGAAGGCGCAAUUAACUUUGAGUGUGCAUUUUUUAUGAACUGAUACUUCCAUGUGAACAAAAACUCUGAAAAGAUUUCCACAUUUUGUAUUUUUGGCAAUAAUGAGAAAUAAAUGAACAUUCAUUGAUUAA